UGGGUUAUUUUUUUUUCUCCCAAUAAGAAUGCAGCAGUUUUAAAUAUUUGGUGAUCUUUUGCAACAAGAACUCUGAACUACCCCAGUUGAGGCCAUCUAAUCAUUUGGAGGUGCUGAUCUUUCUUAUUGCAGAUGAGUAAAUCCCCUUUCUACCAGAGGUCACAGGCAGCAAUGAGACUGCAGAUGCUACCCGGUUCCUAAGCUGAACCGUCUUGCUUUUCCAAACAGCAGAAGAAAUUUUGCCAGGUGAACAGCAAGCUAUUUCAACAUAGUUUCGAAUAUGGAUUCCUUCUCUUCUACCUGUCUGAGGAUGUGAUCGGCCUACCAGCUAAACAGAGACAGAUCCAUUUUGUGUAGAGAUUCAGCAGCAAAAAUCGCAAAUCGUCUUUGGACUACAGAAGGCACCAAUGCCACUCAAAAGCACUUUCCUAUGCCAAAUAAAUGGUAAUUAAAAUGUGCAGGAUGACAAGAUGGAGCCGUCAGUGCUUGUACCCCCAGGACCUGACAGCUUCAGCUACUUCACCAGAGAAUCUCUCGCAACUAUUGAAAACCGCAUCGCAGAAGAGAAAGCCAAGAAUCCCAAACCCGACAAGACAAAUGACAAUGGUCCCAAACCCAACAGUGACUUGGAAGCAGGGAAAUCCCUCCCAUUUAUCUAUGGAGACAUUCCUCCAGGAAUGGUGGCGACCCCGUUGGAAGAUCUGGACCCAUACUACGUCAAUAAAAAAACUUUUAUAGUAUUGAACAGAGGAAAGACAAUCUUCCGAUUCAGUGCCACCUCUGCCCUGUACCUUUUAGCUCCCUUCAAUCCUUUUAGGAGAUUAGCUAUUAAGAUUUUGGUACAUUCAUUAUUCAGCAUGCUUAUCAUGUGCACUAUUUUGACGAACUGCGUAUUUAUGACAAUGAGUAACCCUCCAGACUGGACAAAGAAUGUAGAGUACACUUUUACUGGAAUAUAUACUUUUGAAUCACUUAUAAAAAUUUUUGCUAGGGGCUUCUGUAUAGAUGAUUUUACUUUCCUCCGAGAUCCAUGGAACUGGUUGGAUUUCACUGUCAUCACAUUUGCGUAUGUAACAGAAUUUGUAAACCUAGGCAAUGUUUCAGCUCUUCGAACUUUCAGAGUCUUGAGAGCUUUGAAAACUAUUUCUGUAAUUCCAGGCCUGAAGACCAUCGUGGGGGCCCUGAUCCAGUCAGUGAAGAAGCUUUCCGAUGUAAUGAUCCUGACUGUGUUUUGUCUGAGUGUAUUUGCUCUAAUAGGACUUCAGCUAUUCAUGGGUAACCUGAGGAAUAAAUGUGUUCAGUGGCCUCCAUCUAACGCUUCCUUGGAGGAGCACACUAUAGAGACUAACCGCACCUGGGAGUACAAUGGAAUACUAGUAAACGAAACUAUCCGUGAAUUUGACUGGAAUUCCUACAUCCAAGAUGAAAGAUACCAUUACUUCCUGGAGGGAUUUCUCGAUGCUCUUCUUUGUGGUAAUAGUUCAGAUGCAGGCCAGUGCCCAGAAGGAUAUGUGUGUGUGAAAGCCGGUAGGAACCCUAACUAUGGCUACACAAGCUUUGACACUUUCAGCUGGGCCUUCUUGUCCCUCUUUCGGCUGAUGACGCAGGACUUCUGGGAAAACCUUUAUCAACUGACACUCCGUGCUGCUGGCAAAACAUACAUGAUAUUUUUUGUCCUGGUGAUUUUCCUCGGCUCUUUUUAUCUGAUAAACCUGAUCCUGGCUGUGGUCGCCAUGGCUUACGAGGAACAAAAUCAAGCUACACUGGAAGAAGCCGAGCAGAAGGAGGCUGAAUUUCAACAGAUGCUGGAGCAGAUAAAAAAGCAACAGGAAUCCGCUCAGGCAACAGCAGCUGCAGCAUCGGAGCAAUCCCGAGAACCCAGUGCAGUGGGGGCACUCUCGGAGAGCUCUUCUGAAGCCUCCAAGUUGAGCUCAAAGAGCGCCAAAGAGAGAAGGAACAGGAGAAAAAAGAGAAAACAGAAAGAGCAGUCUGGCGGAGAAGAGAAAGACGAGGAUGAAUUUCAGAAAUCUGAAUCCGAAGACAGCAUCCGGAGAAAAGGCUUCCGUUUCUCCAUUGAAGGGAACCGGUUGACUUAUGAAAAGAGAUAUUCUUCCCCUCAUCAGUCUUUGCUGAGCAUUCGCGGCUCCCUGUUCUCUCCACGACGUAACAGCAGAACGAGUCUCUUCAGCUUUAGGGGGCGGGCGAAGGAUAUAGGCUCAGAGAAUGAUUUUGCCGAUGACGAGCACAGCACCUUUGAGGACAACGAGAGCCGGAGGGACUCCCUCUUCGUGCCCCGCAGAGAACGGCGCAACAGUAACAUCAGUCAGGCCAGCAGGUCAUCCCGAAUGCUGGCCGUGUUUCCAGUGAACGGGAAGAUGCACAGCACCGUGGACUGCAAUGGGGUGGUGUCCUUGGUUGGUGGACCUUCCGUCCCUACGUCGCCCAUUGGACAGCUUCUGCCAGAGGUGAUAAUAGAUAAGCCAGCUACUGAUGACAAUGGCACAACUACUGAAACUGAAGUGAAAAAGAGGCGGUCAAGUUCUAUACAUGUUUCCAUGGAUUUUCUGGAGGAUCCUACCCAACGGCAGAGAGCAAUGAGUGUGGCCAGUAUUCUAACAAAUACCUUGGAAGAACUUGAAGAAUCCAGGCAGAAAUGCCCUCCAUGCUGGUAUAAAUUUUCCAACAUUUUCUUAAUCUGGGACUGCUCACCAUAUUGGAUAAAAAUCAAGAAUAUUGUCAAUAUAUUUGUUAUGGAUCCAUUUGUCGAUCUUGCAAUCACCAUUUGCAUUGUCUUAAACACCCUAUUCAUGGCCAUGGAACACUACCCUAUGACAACCCAUUUCAAUGAAGUCCUUUCAGUAGGAAAUUUGGUAUUUACUGGCAUCUUUGCAGCAGAAAUGUUUCUAAAGAUAAUUGCCAAAGAUCCUUAUUAUUAUUUUCAAGAAGGAUGGAAUAUCUUCGAUAGCUUUAUUGUGACCCUUAGUUUAGUCGAACUCGGUCUUGCUAAUGUAGAAGGAUUAUCAGUUCUCCGAUCUUUCCGACUGCUUCGAGUUUUUAAAUUGGCAAAAUCUUGGCCCACAUUGAACAUGCUGAUAAAGAUCAUUGGCAACUCAGUGGGGGCUCUGGGAAACUUGACCGUGGUUUUGGCCAUCAUUGUCUUCAUCUUCGCCGUGGUCGGGAUGCAACUCUUUGGGAAGAACUACAAAGAAUGUGUCUGCAAGAUCAACGAAAACUGUGUGCUUCCACGCUGGCACAUGUAUGACUUCUUCCACUCUUUCCUGAUUGUGUUCCGUGUUCUGUGUGGAGAGUGGAUAGAGACCAUGUGGGACUGUAUGGAAGUUGCAGGUCAAGCCAUGUGCCUUACUGUCUUCAUGAUGGUCAUGGUGAUUGGAAACUUAGUGGUACUGAAUCUAUUCCUGGCUUUGCUGCUGAGCUCAUUUAGUGCAGACAACCUUGCUGCUUCUGAUGAUGAUAAUGAAAUGAAUAAUCUCCAGAUCGCUAUGGGAAGAAUGCAUUAUGGAAUAGAUAUUGCCAAAAAAAUGAUACGAGAAUUUUUCCAAAAAGCUUUUGUUAAAAAACAAAAGGCUUUAGAUGAGAUCAAACCACUUGAUGAUCUAAACAAAAGAGACGGCUGCAUGGCCAAUCACACGGGAGAAAUAGGAAAAGAAUACGAGUACCUCAGAAAUGGGAACGGAACUACCAGUGGAAUAGGAAGCAGUGUGGAAAAGUACAUAAUUGAUGAAAGUGAUUAUAUGUCAUUUAUAAACAACCCCAGUCUCACUGUGACGGUUCCAAUUGCUGUUGGUGAAUCUGACUUCGAAAAUUUAAACACCGAAGAUUUCAGUAGUGAAUCGGAUCUGGAAGAAAGCAAAGAGAAGCUUAAUGACAGUAGCUCAUCAGAAGGCAGCACUAUAGAUAUUGGUCUCCCUGAAGAAGAACAACCUGUGGCUGAACCUGAAGAUGCUGACGAACCCGAGGCCUGUUUUACUGAAGGCUGUGUAAGAAGAUUCAAAUGCUGUCAAGUCAGUGUGGAAUCAGGAAAAGGAAAGCAAUGGUGGAAUUUGAGGAAAACAUGCUUCAAAAUAGUUGAACAUAACUGGUUUGAGACCUUCAUUGUCUUCAUGAUUCUCCUCAGUAGUGGUGCUCUGGCUUUUGAAGAUAUAUAUAUUGAGCAACGAAAAACCAUCAAAACUAUGCUUGAAUAUGCUGAUAAAGUUUUCACUUACAUCUUUAUUCUGGAGAUGCUUCUUAAAUGGGUGGCAUAUGGCUAUCAGGCCUAUUUUACAAAUGCUUGGUGUUGGUUAGACUUCCUGAUUGUUGAUGUGUCCUUGGUUAGUUUAACAGCAAACGCCUUGGGCUAUUCAGAACUUGGUGCCAUUAAAUCUCUAAGAACUCUGAGAGCCCUGAGACCACUACGAGCCUUAUCACGAUUUGAAGGGAUGAGGGUGGUUGUGAAUGCCCUUUUAGGAGCAAUUCCAUCCAUCAUGAACGUGCUUCUCGUUUGUCUUAUAUUCUGGCUAAUUUUCAGCAUCAUGGGAGUAAAUCUGUUUGCUGGCAAGUUUUACCACUGUGUUAACACUACAACUGGUGAGAUGUUUGACAUCACUCAAGUCAAUAAUCAUUCUGACUGCGAUGAUCUUGUGGCAAGAAAUGAGACUGCCCGAUGGAAAAAUGUGAAAGUAAACUUUGAUAAUGUAGGAUUUGGGUAUCUUUCUUUACUUCAAGUAGCCACAUUUAAAGGAUGGAUGGAUAUUAUGUAUGCAGCAGUUGAUUCAAGAAAUGUGGAACUCCAGCCUAACUAUGAAGAUAACCUGUACAUGUACCUAUACUUUGUCAUCUUUAUCAUCUUUGGGUCAUUCUUCACCCUGAACCUAUUCAUUGGUGUCAUCAUAGAUAAUUUCAACCAGCAGAAAAAAAAGUUUGGAGGUCAAGACAUCUUUAUGACAGAAGAACAGAAGAAAUACUACAAUGCAAUGAAAAAACUGGGAUCCAAGAAACCACAAAAGCCCAUUCCUCGACCAGGGAACAAAUUCCAAGGAAUGGUCUUCGACUUUGUAACCAAACAAGUUUUUGAUAUCAGCAUUAUGAUCCUCAUCUGCCUCAACAUGGUAACCAUGAUGGUGGAAACAGAUGAUCAGAGUAAAGACAUGACUGAAACUCUGUCCCGGAUUAACCUGGUAUUCAUAGUUAUGUUCACGGGAGAAUGUGUGCUGAAGUUGAUCUCCCUCCGCUAUUAUUAUUUCACCAUUGGCUGGAAUAUCUUUGACUUUGUGGUUGUCAUUCUCUCCAUUGUAGGCAUGUUUUUAGCCGAGCUGAUAGAAAAAUACUUUGUGUCCCCGACCCUGUUCCGAGUGAUCCGUCUGGCCAGGAUCGGCCGGAUCCUGCGGCUCAUUAAAGGAGCCAAGGGGAUCCGCACGCUUCUCUUUGCCCUGAUGAUGUCACUGCCUGCCUUGUUCAACAUCGGCCUCCUGCUCUUCCUGGUCAUGUUCAUCUACGCGAUCUUUGGCAUGUCCAACUUCGCCUACGUCAAGAGGGAAGUUGGUAUCGACGACAUGUUCAACUUUGAAACCUUCGGCAACAGCAUGAUCUGCCUGUUCCAAAUCACCACCUCCGCCGGAUGGGACGGUUUGCUCGCGCCAAUCCUGAACAGCGGACCCCCAGACUGUGACCCAAAUAAAGCAAACCCUGGAAGUCAAGUUAAAGGAGAUUGUGGCAACCCCUCUGUUGGGAUCUGCUUUUUUGUCAGUUACAUCAUCAUAUCGUUUCUGGUGGUGGUGAACAUGUACAUCGCCGUCAUCCUGGAGAACUUCAGCGUGGCCACCGAAGAGAGCGCCGAUCCCCUGAGUGAGGAUGACUUUGAGAUGUUCUAUGAGGUGUGGGAGAAGUUUGACCCAGAUGCAACCCAAUUCAUGGAAUUUCAAAAGUUAUCUCAGUUUGCAGCUGCCCUGGAACCCCCACUUAAUUUACCACAACCAAACAGGCUCCAACUCAUCGCCAUGGACCUGCCCAUGGUCAGCGGGGACAGAAUUCACUGCCUCGACAUCUUAUUUGCUUUCACCAAGCGCGUUUUGGGGGAGAGUGGAGAAAUGGAUGCCCUCCGCAUACAGAUGGAAGACCGCUUUAUGCAAUCCAAUCCUUCUAAACAAUCCUAUGAGCCAAUUACAACUACCCUGAAACGCAAACAAGAGGAAGUAUCUGCAGUGAUCAUCCAGAGGGCUUACAGGCGUCACCUUUUAAAGCGAACCAUAUCACAAGUUUCCUUUACCCACAACAAAAAUAAGAGCAAAGGCGGGGCUAGCCUGCGGGUGAGAGAGGACGGUCUUAUCGACAGGCUAAAUGAAAACUCAAUUACAGAAAAAACAGACCUGACCAUGUCAACAGCAGUGUGUCCGCCUUCCUACGACCGGGUAACCAAGCCAGUCCUGGAGAAGCAUGAAAAAGAAGACAAAGAUGAUAAGGCAAAGAGAAAAUAAAGUGAGAGCCAAUAAAAAUUACUGGGUGACAAAUUGUUUACAGCCUGUGAAGGUGAUGGAUUUUUUUGACAACGGGGCUCCUCUGGGAGGUCUAUGCCAAACUGACUGUUUUUACAAACAUAUACAAAAGGUCAGUGCCUAUAAGGAGACAGUGACCCCUCGUCAGCAAACCGUAACUCCGUAUAAAAGGGGAGACAACCUUGACAGGAGGUUACUGUUUUCACUACCAGCUGACACUGCUGAAGAGGAAAGACAAAAUGGCUACUCAGACGGUGGGACCAGUCGAAAUGGGGUGCAAACCUAUAAUUUUGGGGUGUUGAACAUGAAACACUUUAGUACACUAAUUGUAUCCACUAUUUGCAUUUCAACUGCCACAUUUAUCACAUUUUUACAAAUCUGUUGGAUUCAUUUUUUUUUAAUUCAUAUGUUGUUUAUUAUGUGACUAUUAUAUGUGACUAUUUUUGUAAAUGGGUUUUGUGUUGGGGAAGGGGGCUAAGUAUACUACUUUACAGGUAUGACACCUGAGAGUUGCACCAUAAGACUCUCCAAUAAUAUACAAAAGAAAGGGUUUGCAUGAAGGCAUGUUGCAGUAAAAGACCAUGCAUGAAAAAAAAAUUAAGUCACAGGAAAGCAAUGGGUUUUUAAACUAUUUCAGUGUUCUGGGAUGGGGAUUGGGUAAUAAAUUGGAGGUGCUUAUCUUAUUUUGUCAAAUCCAGAUAAAUCUUUUUAUACCUGUAAAGCUCCCCCUAAGAACAGAAAAAAGCAGAUUGUUUUUACACAGGUCAUUAAAACUCAGCAGGUGCAAACUUCAUUUCAAGAUCUGGAGUCACAAAUGUUUUGUUUUUGUCUAACGUUUACUGUCAAAAAUGUUUAAAAAUGAAUAAUUGAUCUGCCCCGGAAGAUGAAAUGACAAAACAGAAACCCUAUACAAAACUUAUUCUGCUUAAUCCUGCACUUGGUUUAGCCAUCUUCAACUCUCAGCAAGGUGGACAUUGUAUGUGUUAAUGAAAUACCCUCUUGUUGUGUAAAUAGUAAUUGUUCCCUGUGGUGCAUGUUUGGGCAAACAAAUAAUGACCUGAGCACAGUAUUUAUUGCAUCAAAUAUGUACCACGAGAAUUGUAGAGUGCAAGCUUUCAACAGGUAAUAUAAUGUACUCCGUACCAUUUAUAGAUAGUCUGGAUGCUAUCCAUGCAUGUUUAUAUUGCCUAAGCUGCUGUAUCCUGUUUCUUCUACUGUCCAGAAUUCAUAAAGACGGGAAACCAUCUUUCAGUGGUAAAGUCAAGGAAAUUGUCCAACAAAUCUCACUCCUUUAAGUCAUUAGGCAAUAGUUUGCGGCAACUUAAAAGCUGUUUCUGUUCGUAUUUUAAAAUUUUAAGUGUGAAUAUGGUGUAUAGCCAGACUGUACAGACAUGUUACUAACUGCUUAACCUGUUAAAAAAAUGUGUUUAGAAAUUUUAUAAGCAAAUAUAAAUACUGUAAAAAAAAAAUCAUUAUUUUAUUUUUCAGCAUUAUGUACAUAAAACAAGAAAUGAAAAUUAUCUUCAGGUUGAUGUCAUAGUCAUUUUGGUUCCUUUCUGCCCAUAGCACUUAUUCAUGGGAGAACUUCACUAAACAAGAAAUGAAAAACAGAAUGGGUAGUUGUAGAUUUCUGCUUUUUUAUUAUAACUGUUAAGUGGCUUAAUGAUUUUUAAAGGAAGUUCACAAGUCGCUUCUAAAUUCUACUUUGCAAUUGGAAAGGGGUGGAAGUUUUUUUUGAUUAUCUGUAUCAACAAUUUCAAAGCUGUCAUGUUUUGUUCUAUCCUUAGUAUUUCCAUUUUAUGUUGACAUUAGUUUGGAGUCAGGCUGCACUAGAACUAUUAUAAAUAUAAUAUGGGGUCCACAAUAUUUUUUCACAGAAACAGAGUAAUAAAAUUCUAUAAUCAACCACAUCAGGCCAUUUUGGUUUCUUACCCAAGCAAGCUGUAGACUCCUUUUCUUAAAACUACUUAAACUGUAUUGGUGAACUGCAUGCAGGAAAAUGCUACUAUUACCCUAAAUGAUGCUAACAAACAUUACAAUGCACCAAAAUAAUAAAGAUUACUUUUUUAUUGUA